UUCACGCUCCGCUCUAUGCAUUGCAGCUCGUGGCUUCAGCGCACCAGUGUGCUUCUCAGCCUGCCAGCGCGAGUGUGUGUGAAUGUGUGAGUGACUCUGGCGCUCUUUCUGCGUACGACAGGUGGAGAUGACAUGACUGCGCUCGAGAGGAAGAAAGAAAAGGACCUACGUGGUCAGCAAGUGUUUCUCCGUCCUGAGGAGAGUUCAGCUCCAGCCCUGAAUCCCAGACAGUCCACCACGUUGUCCGAACAACUCCAGGAUGCUUUGCUGCGGCUGGCGGCGGUUGUCGACGCGCGCUCCCUGCAAGUGGCCCUCCGAGACAGCGUGCAGGAGCUGCUGCCCGGCACGGAGUGUGUAUGCAUCUACAUGCUGGAAGCAGACUUGAGGCUGCUGUCUGAAGACCCACUUCAUGAACUGCCACAGGAAGGAAAGAUCAGGAGUAUCGCGGAGCAGCUGAAGCGAUGUCAGUGUGCUGGCCUCCCUCCAUCAGAACUGCCAGAGAAAUACAGAAUCUGCCUCGCAGCGCCGUUACCAGCACACAGGAGAGCUGUUGUCAUUCCGAUCUUGGACCAGAACCGGGUCAAAGUCAUUUCUGUCAUACUGGUGGGCUGUAAUCCUCUAUCUGAUCAGGACGAACUGCAUCUGAAUGUGCUGGAAAAACAUGUCUCAGUGGCGUGCGUGCGAGUCCAGGCUCUUCAGGCAACCUAUCCGAGACCCCCUCUCAGCCCGUCCCCCCUCCAGUCCCACAAUGCACUGCUGCACCUCAACGUCUCAGACCAGGACUACUGCGAGUUGGACCGCAACAUUUUACAGCUCUGUGGUGAGCUCUAUGACCUUGAUGCAGCCUCUCUCCAGCUCAAAGUCAUCAAUUAUCUGCAGCAGCAGACCCGAUCGCAGUGCUGCUGUUUGCUCCUGGUGUCGGAGGAUAACCACCAGCUCUUCUGCCAGGUGGUUGGAGACAAAGUCCUGGAGGAGGAGAUCAGCUUCCCACUGAUGUUUGGACGUUUCGGUCAGGUUGUCGAGAAAAAGAAGUCGAUUACUCUUCAAGACAUCAGUGCUGAGGAGCGCCGGCAGCUGUCCAGCAUGCUGGGCUGUGAGAUCUCCUCCAUGCUUUGCGUCCCCGUGGCGAGCAGGGCCACCGGUCAGGUGGUGGCUCUGGCCUGCGCCUUCAACAAGCAGGGUGGGCAGAGACACACAGAGGCCGAUGAGCACGCCAUCCAGCACUGCUUCUGCUACACCUCAACCGUCCUCACUUCUACUCUGGCCUUCCAGAAAGAACAGAAGCUCAAAGUGGAGUGCCAGGCGCUCUUACAAGUGGCCAAAAAUCUCUUCACACACUUGGAUGACGUGUCGGUGCUGUUACAGGAAAUUAUAGUGGAGGCCAGGAACCUCAGUGGUGCAGAGAUCUGUUCAGUGUUCCUCCUGGACCGUAACAGCCAUGAGCUGGUGGCCAAGGUGUUCGAUGGCGGCGUGGUCAGUGAGGAGGAGAAUGAGUUCCGUAUCCCAGCUGACCAGGGCAUUGCAGGCCACGUCGCCACCACUGGUCAGAUCUUGAACAUCAAGGACGCCUACUCCCACCCUCUGUUCUACCGCGGGGUCGACGACAGCACCGGAUUCAGGACUCGCAACAUCCUCUGCUUCCCCAUCAAGGAUGAGAACAACGAGGUGAUCGGCGUUGCGGAGUUGGUGAAUAAAAUGAACGGACCUUGGUUCAACCGCUUUGAUGAAGAUCUGGCCACAGCUUUCUCCAUCUACUGUGGUAUCAGCAUCGCCCACUCUCUGCUCUACAAGCGAGUCCAUGAAGCUUCGUUCAGGUCGACCCUUGCCAACGAAAUGAUGAUGUACCACAUGAAGGUUUCAGAGGAGGAGGUCUCUAAGCUGCUGGUGCCCGGGAUCGAUCCGGUGCACGAGAUCCACCCGUGCUUCGCCGAGUUCACGUACACGCCGCGGUCCCUGCCAGACGACACCACGCCAAUGUGCGUGCUCAGCAUGUUUGAAGACAUGGGUUUCAUCAACACUUACAAGAUUGAAAUGAACACUCUGGCCAGGUUCUGUCUGAUGGUGAAAAAAGGCUACAGGGACCCUCCCUAUCACAACUGGAUGCACGCCUUCUCAGUGUCUCAUUUCUGCUACCUGCUCUACAAAAACCUAGGGCUGUCCAACUACCUCGAGGAAAUAGAGAUUUUGGCUCUCUUUGUCUCUUGUAUGUGCCAUGACCUGGACCACCGUGGCACCAACAACUCUUUCCAAGUCGCCUCGCAAUCUGUGCUGGCUGCUCUGUACAGCUCAGAGGGAUCUGUGAUGGAGAGACACCAUUUUGCCCAGGCCAUCGCCAUUCUGAACACUCAUGGCUGCAACAUCUUUGAAAAGUUCAACAGAAAGGACUACCAGCGCAUGCUGGACUUGAUGAGAGACAUAAUUCUCGCCACAGACCUCGCUCACCACCUUCGCAUCUUCAAGGACUUGCAGAAGAUGGCCGAUGAUGGAUAUGAUCCAAAAAGCCACACCCACCGUUCAAUGCUGCUGUGCCUGCUGAUGACUUCGUGUGACUUAUCAGAUCAAACCAAGAAUUGGAAAACCACUCGCAAGAUUGCGGAGCUGAUUUACAAAGAAUUCUUCUCUCAAGGAGAUCUGGAAAAAGCCAUGGGUAACAGACCCAGUGAGAUGAUGGACAGAGAGAAAGCCUACAUCCCAGAACUCCAGAUCAGCUUUAUGGAACAUAUCGCCAUGCCCAUUUACAAGCUGCUGUCUGAACUCUUUCCUGGGGCCACAGAGCUGUACGAGAGGGUGGCAGCGAAUCGUGAGCAGUGGACCAAAGUGUCCCACAAGUUCACCAUCCGUGGGUUACCUAGCAACAACAGCCUGGACUUCCUGGACCAGGAGUAUGAGCUGCUGCAAGCCCAGGGGGCUUUUGGGAGCGACGACCACUGCCUCAACGGUUGCCUUGAUGACACAGAGGCAGGGGGGGGUCAGUGACAACAGCGAUCUGCUGGCGGUUCCCUGGAGUUUCCUCUGGUCCAAUAAGAGGCUGACGAUACCCUUACAGCGGCCGAAGGGGGACGGGUCUCUCUGCGGUCUAUCUCUUAGAAGCUUAGCAGGCCAUGCAGAACGGAUAGGACAACGUCUCUAACUGACUGCGCGAUCUAAAAACGCACGGAUCCACCUGAACCGGUUCACUGAUUAGAUGCUACAAGUUGCUUGUUUUUUUCCUGUCGAGGAAAGCACAGGGUGGUGACUUUAUCUUUUUCAGCAGCUAUUCUGGGAAAUGGGUUUUUACCACUAGCCACAAGUUCAUUCAUUGACUACUGAUCCUGAUUACGAUUGUUAAAUCUCUCUCUCUCUCUCUCUCUCUCUCUCUCUCUCUCUCUCUCUCUCUCUCUCUCUCUCACUCUCUUUCUCUCUCAUACACACGCACGCACACAUACACACACAUACACAUACACAAACGUGCACAUACUGUUUAGACACUCAGAAGUGGGAGGGGAAAAAAAGCAUUCAUUGUUCUGACAAAGACUACUUCAACAUGUAACAGUGAGAUGAAGUGCUAUACUUUGUGUAAAGUGUUUCAUAUUAGCUUACAUUGAUUUAUAAUGCUCAGCUUUGUCCAGACACAAGCAUCUGCCACAGCCCUCACCUGAUGCUUAUGAAUGCAUGCUGUAUGAACACCUCAUGUAUUAUUCCUUUUAUCAGGGUCAGUGUUGUUGUUUUUUUUUUUCCCAUCAGUCAAAAAUGAAUGCAGUCCUUUAGGAUACCGCCAUACUACAUCUUUAUAUUCAGCUCGUCAGAGUGCGUACAAGUAAUUUUUGAUCACUGAGUUGUUGCCUCGACCAUACUUUUCCCCCGGUGACUAUUAUUUUCCUUUUCUCUGUAGUUUAGUGGAGGGUUCAGGGGACAAUUUGACAAUCACUCAUCAAUGACAGUCACUGAUCCCUGACCUUACGCCACGCAUAUAACACACACAUCUGACCGCAUACUAAUUGUACGUCAUUGCAUCAAAUGUGAUUAAACCUCAAAGGCCACUUGUAACCAGAAAACACAUAAUGUGUUCCCGCCUAUCAGUUAUCCCACUCAUUUGCACUGUUUUGUCUUUUAGAUUUAAAUUUCUUUAUAAAAAUCCACUUCAGAUAGAGAGCAACUGAAGCCCUUUAAAAGAUCCAUCUCAUUUGUUGGUGUAAAUGUGCCAGACUAGAGUGUGUUAUAUGGAGUGUGUCAUCGAGUGUGUCAUAUGGAUCUGCCUUACUGCGCAUCUUUGCUGCCUUUCUUAGAGCUUUUAAUAUAUGAAAAUUGAAAUAAAGAGUCUGUUUAGUACGUAUGUAUGUUGUAUAUUUGUUAUAGACAUAGUGUGAGUAUCAGUGUGUUGAUUGAAUGAUCGCCGUGCUGGGAAGGUGUAUAUUUGUGAAAUGUCUCUGUGAAGACCUCAGAUGUCAUGUCAUUUUACUUCUAUGUAUUUGAACUUAUAUCUGUACUACCACCUAAUGGGUGUUAUAGGCAGACAUUAAAGCAUUUUGUUCAAUUUUCAGUACACCCAAAAAUAUAUUUUCUUUUACUUUUUUCUUUUCUUUUUCUUUUUUUUUAAAGGAACUAGAGAUGUAGCCAUCAUUGAAAAUGACUCUUUCUUGAAACCAGUUCACAAUUGCUGCACUCCAAAGGAAACAUUUGGAGACGUGUUCAGAGUUUAGUUCUCAGAUUGUGCCUCCUUGAAUACGUGACAUUUAGGGGCUUUUGUGUUACAAUAUGCCAUACUCGGUUCUACCUAACAAUGUUCAAACAAAUAAAUGCUGCAGAGUGAGGACAAGACAACCACAGAGGAGUUACCAAGAGAAGCGCCUGCGAUGGAUGUCUCUGUGUGGGCUGUGAGCCGGUGAGUGAAUGAGUGGGUGUGUGGAUGAGUGAGAAUCGAUUGAACGAUUGCUUGUUUAUGAUACAGUGAGAAAUGUUUGCUGUACCAGGUAUUUAAGGAGCUGGUGUUGUCAAAAAAAAUUAUUUAUUUUUCUUCCCCUGCCCAGUUUUUUUUAUGCAGCCCAGUAAUGUUAAUGUUGGGAGAAGCAGAUGAAAGCCAGAAUAUUGCAAUCACAGGAUUUCAGUGCAUGCCUUUUCUUUGAAAGGAUGUCAAGAGAGUGCAUUACAGAGGAAGGUUAAUUGGUUCUUAAAAGUGGUUUGAUGUCUGUGCUAUACCUACAGUAUAUGGGGAUGUGCAUUAGCUUGGCUGGAUGAAAGUGUUUGAUCUGCCUUGGUCUGCUUCACAAACUGAAUAUUUUCUACUCUAAAGUUUUUAAAGGGCAUACAGAUGUGUUUGUAGAGGAGCCACUCUCUCUGUUUCUCACAUUCUUUCUCGAACUUGUGAUUAUCCCAUUUCUGUUCUUUUCAAACCACUGUUUCACAUGUACCUGCCUUUUUCAUGUGCAAUAUAAAGUGUCUGCCUCUGUGACAUUGCAUAGAUUCCUAUGUAAAUACCUAUGCCUCUUGUUAAAUUAUUGCUUUAGGUCUGAGUUGCCAAAGGCAUUUAAGUAGUAGAUCUUGAUGUUUCUGUUGACAUUUUGAGGAAAAAAAAAAAAACACAAGGAAGUGUGGAAAUUUUAUCCCUACCAUGCUUUUGAGAGUUCAGACCUAGGACAGUUUCCUAUUAUGAUUAUGUAUCUGUCCUUUUAUUUUUUUUAUUAUUAUUUUUUUUUUAGAGAGUCAGGGCUAAAUGUGCCAAGCAAACAUUUUCUACUUCCUGGCCAAGCUGCAAGGAAAAAAAAAAGAAGAAAAAAUGUAAAAUGUAUUUUGUUUUUCUUAUUUUGGAGUGACGAUGAGGGCUGUGUUGAUAUUUAACUUUUCUGAUACAUCACGGCAGCUUGUCCAUGAAGUAAGAACCAAAUCUAUGUCCCAUCAUCACGGAACAGCGGGAUUCGACCCUGCGAUGUUACACCAUCGUAAUGAUCACCUGUGACAUAAAUGUUCAAAAUGGCAAAAAUAUAACUUCUGUAAAUAACAAAGUUUUAAAAGAAACUCUUUCUUGAUGGUCUGUCAUUAUUACAAUGGGAAGUAUUUUAAAUAUGUAAUGUAUUUAAAGUGGUUGCAUCCUUUCUCUAUUUUUUUCCAAGCCAUUUUGAACAACCCAACGCUUCAACUUUCCCAGAAGGGAUGAAUGAAAACUAUAUGUGUAUUCAGGAUAUACAUGUAAUGAUGCUACCACAAGUAAGAACCCAGGCUAAUCCAUAACGUGUAAAUGAUGCUUAUAUUGAAGACGAAAUCCAGACAUCUGUUAAGUAUUUGUUUUGUUGAGUUCUGAGUGCUGGUGUUCUUGUUCUUCUUCAGAUGUAUUGAAAAAGGACAUUUUUAAGAAGACGGCAAACGGAGGACGUUUUGAAUAUAUUUUUUUUCUUUCUUGGAAUAAAUCUGGUGAAAAACC